AUGUCGGAGGAACGCGUGAAAACGACAGAAAUCGGCAAAGAUUCGAUCAAAUUGGUCGAAAAUCCAAAAGUAUGCUCCUUCAGUAUCGAAAGUCUUUUAGCGCCCAGCAAGAAUCCCGUUAAAAAGGAAAUUUGCUUGUCUAUUCAAACCGAAACGUAUUUGCAUGGUCAUGAAUCAAAUGAUUCGGAGGGACGGAAACUGGUAGCGCCAGAUUCGUCCAUGUCGAUGAUAGAGGAAAUCGAGUUCGACGAUGCCGAUAUGGUUUGCUCCACAUCCCCCGAACCUGAAAUGUGUUAUGAGGCGUGCACUAGCAGCAGCGGUGCCAAUUCAACGACAAGUGUGGAUAGAGAGGUUCAAGAAAAAAGUGACAGCGUCAUUAGCGAUGACGAAAGAAAGAAGAGGCCUCGCACUGCGUUCACAGCGGCGCAAAUUAAAUCAUUGGAAGCGGAAUUCGAGAGGAACAAAUACCUGAGCGUGACAAAGAGGUUGCAGCUCAGUAAAAGUUUAAAGCUGACUGAAACUCAGAUUAAAAUUUGGUUUCAAAAUAGACGUACAAAAUGGAAAAGAAAAUACACAAAUGAUGUGGAGCUCUUGGCCCAACAAUAUUAUUCCAGUUUAGGAAUUCCUGCACCACGGCCAAUUUUUGUCGAGGAUCGUCUUUGGUUUUUUAAUUAUCCAACGCAAUUACAACCAGGAGCACCAAUUUUUCCACAGCAUUUAGCAACUGUUCCUUUGCCAUCAGCUUUACCCAUUGUACAACCAUUACCAAGUAACAUAACGAUGGGUCAGACUUCAAUUUUUCAAAAUAUCUCCGCAAGUAGUCCGACAUAUCAUUUAAGCCAAAGAUUAGACUUUAGGCAUCAAAAUUCUUAGGUAUAAAAAAAUCUAAUUCAGUCGUAUUAAAGGACUUCAUUUCUAAU